AUGUCGGCACUCUGGUCCGGCUGGGGCGCGGAUGCCUUCACAGAGCAGGUCGAAAAGGCCACCUCCGAGCUGCUCCCCGUCGGCUCCGAAGAUAUCGCGCUCAACCUCGACAUCUGCGACCAGGUUCGCGCAAAACAGGUGCCUGCAAAGCAAGCCAUGCAGGUGCUCAAGCGUCGCGUCAGCCACAAGAACCCAAACGUCGUCCUUCUCGCCCUGGGUCUCACCGACAUCUGCAUCAAGAAUGGCGGUGACCACUUUCUCCAGGAAGUCGCAUCGCGCGAAUUCAUGGACAACCUCGUCUCCGUCCUUCGCAAUCCCGCUGGCGUCAACCACGAUGUCAAGGCAAAGGCGCUCGGCCUCAUCCAAAACUGGUCCCAGAUCGCACAGGCAAAGCCCGCUCAGAUGGCCUACAUCAUCGACAUCUACAGGCAGCUCAAGUCAGACUCUGCUUUUGACUUUCCGCCGCUCGAUCCAAACGCAGCCGCAUCCGCCGCGCUCGUAGAGACGCUCACCGCGCCCGAAUGGGUCGACGGCGAUGUCUGCAUGCGCUGCAGAACCGCCUUCACCACCUUCAACCGCAAGCACCACUGUCGCAACUGCGGCAACGUCUUUUGCCAGCAGUGCUCCAGCCACAACAUGGCGCUCCCUUGGUUCGGCAUCGGCCAGGACGUCCGCGUCUGCGACGGAUGCUUUGCUCGCAAGGGCCCACCCAAAAACGCCGCAAAGCUCUCGCGAUCCAAGAGCGCCGGCUCCAGCUCCACCUACGUGCCGUCUGGUCGCGGAGGCUCGGCAUCCCACCAUCGCUCCGCCACCCUCAGCGGUCAGACCGGUCAGUCGAAGCGUAGCGCUCGCAAAAAGGAGGAAGACGACCUCGCUCUCGCCAUCAAACUCUCGCUACAAUCUUCCGGUCUAAGCGCUCCGCAGUCAUCGCGCCCCGAAGCCCCCAGCAAUCCACAAAAGGCUCCCAACGGACGCGUGCUCGAAGGAACCGACGCCGACGACGAUCCCGACCUCGCCGCCGCCAUCGCAGCCAGUCUUCGAGACUGGGCUCCACCUCAGCCCAGCGCACCCGACGGUCUCAACGAGGCUUCAGCACCAGCAGCCAGCACCGCCAACGCAUCAGAACCGUUGCGCUCCGACCUGCCCCUGCCACCCUCGCUUGACCUGGCGCCCCAAGACGUGGACAACAUCCUCACCUUUUCCCAAUCCGUACAGGCGCACCACCACCAAAAUCAGCGCUCCGGCAUGAUGGGCGCUCCCGUACCACACCAGGUGCAAUCGCUGUACGAAAAGGCCUCGGCAGCGCGUCCAAGAAUGGCGCGCAACCUCGAGGAGGGUCACCGCCGUCACAACGUGCUCGUCUCCAUGCACGACAAACUCACAGAGGCAGUCCGUCUGUACGACCGACUUCUCGACGCACAGAUGUACCGUCCCGCGCAAUCGUACGCACCCAACGCGCCUAGCCACGCAUCUUAUGCUGCCCCCGCCCAGCACUACGCGUACGAUCAGCAUGCACCCAGCCACGAAGCCGGGGCUGGCUACACACCCAUGCAUCCCGGAGCCGCAUCUCUGUAUCCCCACGCUCCGCAAGCCGCACACACGCCUCAAGCUUACCCGGGCGCUUCGCAUCCCGAAUACGCACAGGCGCCCACCCAAUGGCAGCCUCACCACGAGCAGCCCAUGUAUCCGCAGCAACAGCAGCCCUACCCCACGCAGCCAGCUCAGUCGCAGUCGCAGCACUCGGCCGGUCCGUCAGCGUAUCCGGCGCAGCAGCACCAUCAGCAGCAGCCGUACGGUGCGCCCAAUCCCGCAGCAGGCUAUCCCAACGCGCACUACGCCGAUCCUCAGGCUACGUCGUCUACACCCGUGACAAGCCCGACGCAGUACGACUCAUACGCCCAUGUCGGAGGCAUGCCCAACGCGCCAGCGCAUCCACCCGCAAACGGCGCGCCUUACGACGCCGCGUCGCCCUACACCGAAGCGCCUGGCGCAGUGCCAUCCGCGCCGGCCGCUGGACGAGGCGCACCGCUGUCUGUGCGUACCGAUGGCAUCUCGGGCAUCGAGGCGCCCAACGGUCCAGCGGCUGCGGCUGCCGAUGCGGCCAACGCGGGCAACGUCGGUGUGGGCGAGGAGGCGGCGAAUCAAUCGCGCUUGUCGGGCGACACGUCAACGUCCAGCCGCAACGGAUGGAACCCGGUGCCCAUUCAGGCGGUGGCUCCUCCAUUGCAGAACGCCAAUGGUCACGCCAUGCCAGAGCAAGCUGUCCAACAGUCGCAGUCGCAGCCGCAGCUGACACCACAGCAGCACUACCACCAACCGCAACAGCCGCAGCAACAGCAGCCAUUCAGCUCGAAAUCGCCCAUCGCUUCGCGCAGCGCUUCGCACAACAUCCCGCAGCAGCAGCAACAGCAGCAGCAGCCCGUCAAGGCCGAUACGAGCUACCUGCCCAUCUUCCCCGUGGCGCCGCAUCCCGACAAUGGAUUCGGCCACGACGCGCGUGCCGCCGAAGCCGCGUCACCCAUGGCCAGCCCGUAUAUCAACGCGCCGUCGUCGGCAGGCAUGUGGCAGAACGGACCGGCCAAGAGUCCCGCCGCUGCCAAUGCGCCUGUGGCCGAGUCGCCGCUGAUUGAGUUCUAA